UACCUAUGUCAUAUGACAUUCAUCCUUGGAAAAAUUUUAUCCACUACUGAAAUUGUUAAAAAAUUUUAAGAAUUCGCCAGAUAUUCAAAAUCCAAAUUAUUAAAAAAUACUAAAUCUUAUCUUAAAGUUACAAACCUACAAAACAAUUGAAAAUGGGUUUCGGUAUUAUGUUUAACAUAGAUGGUGGAUAUCUAGAGGGUUUAUGCCGUGGAUUCAAGUGUGGGAUUCUGAAACAAAGUGAUUAUCUCAAUUUAGUGCAGUGUGAAACUUUAGAAGAUUUGAAGCUUCACUUGCAAGGUACCGACUAUGGACAAUUUUUAGCAAAUGAACCAUCUCCUUUGUCAGUAUCAGUCAUAGACGACAAACUUAGAGAAAAAUUGGUUAUCGAAUUCCAACAUAUGCGAAAUCAUGCUGUGGAACCUUUAGCCAGUUUCUUGGAUUUUAUUACUUAUGGUUAUAUGAUUGAUAACAUCAUUUUAUUGAUCACUGGAACUUUACAUCAAAGGCCAAUUUCGGAAUUAAUCCCGAAGUGUCAUCCGUUAGGAAGCUUUGAGCAAAUGGAAGCCAUUCAUGUUGCUGCUACUCCCGCUGAACUUUAUAAUGCCGUACUUGUUGACACUCCUCUAGCACCUUUCUUUGUUGACUGUAUUUCAGAACAAGAUUUGGAUGAAAUGAAUAUCGAGAUUAUCCGUAACACUUUAUAUAAAGCUUACUUAGAAGCAUUUUACGAUUUUUGUAAGGAACUAGGCGGAACAACUGCAGAUAUCAUGAUGGAAAUAUUAGCUUUUGAAGCCGAUCGCCGAGCUAUAAUUAUUACUAUAAAUUCUUUUGGGACGGAGUUAUCUAAAGAUGAUCGUCAAAAGUUGUACCCACGAUGCGGUAAAAUGCACCCUGAUGGAUUAGCAGCCUUAGCACGCGCUGAUGAUUAUGAGCAAGUAAAAGCUGUAGCAGAAUAUUAUGCAGAAUAUGCUGCCUUGUUUGAAGGCUCUGGAACUAAUCCUGGUGAUAAAACUCUUGAAGAUAAGUUUUUCGAACAUGAAGUUAGAUUAAACGUUUACGCUUUUAUGUCGCAAUUUCAUUUUGGUGUUUUUUAUGCUUACUUAAAACUAAAAGAACAAGAAUGCCGAAAUAUUGUUUGGAUUGCAGAAUGUGUUGCACAAAAACAUCGUGCCAAAAUCGACAACUAUAUCCCUAUUUUUUAAAUGAAGAUAAAGAAAAUUUUACUAAAAUAUAUCCUUAUUACACAAUAUUAUAUUAUUAUUAAAGUGUAUAUUUGCAAAAGUUAUCCUUAACUUUUAAAUAUUGAAUUAUUAUUAAAAGUAGAUUUUAAGAAAAUCAAAAGCGUUUCAAAAGUUAAAUAUGAAAAAUGGUGACAUUCCUCAUUUGUGUAAAGAAUAAAGCAUUAUUAAAUAAUAUAAAAAUUACAACACAUCAAAUAUGAAAAAUAUUUAUCUGUAUAUUGUAUGUAGAUUACCCAUUUGUAAUAUGUUAUCUCUUAUGAUUAUAAAUUCUACCUUGUUUUUGUUGAAAUAUAUUUCAUUUAAAAUA